GUGACAAACGAAGAUUAUUGUGACGUUUUAUUUUUUACAUUUGGUUUUGUUGAUGUUGGUUUUUCUACCAUGUGAAGUAAAAUUAGAAGUAAUAUAAUAUUUUUGGGCCAAAUUGGUAACCUUUUAAUAAUUCGUUUCGAAAUGGAUUCGACUAAUUUUCAAAUAAAAGUAAAAUCGGAAACUAAUCUAGAAGGAGAGGCAACAGAUGAAGCAAAUAAUCUACUGAGGAAUGGUAUUUUAGUAGAAACAAGCAAGGGCUUAAUUUGCAUGUCGCUGAACGAUGCUCUAUCCUUAGAUUUAAAUCUAUCUGUGGAUGAUCUGAGGAAUGUGGCUGCUAAGUUAAUAUCUCAACAGAACAUUGUGGGGCACCCUCCAAAACUAUCCCACAGCCUUAACUGUGAUAGCGAUGGAUUCUCCAGCGAGUGCAGCGAUAUCAGCACCACAACAUCUGGAUCUACAGUACAAUCUCCUUUCAAAUCACUUCCACCUUUGCUUUCGGAUAGGAUUAUCAAUAAGUUUGAACCUGAGAUUAGUAUCACUGAGAGUAAAAUACCGUUUACUACAGAUGAUGUCAAAGCGACAGACAAAAUCGGGAUUGAUCCAGUAAUUGAACCAGUGAUCACUAUAGCACCUUUAAAAAUUUCCAUCGAUGUAGUCAAGCCGAAGAAAAACAGAGGUGGGUGGCCGAAAGGAAGAAAACGGAAACCUGAAGUUUUGAAUUUACCUCCCAAAGCACCUGCAACUGGAUAUACAUUGUAUCUAAACGAGCAGAGAAAACACUUCAAAGACAGCAAUCUAGCAUUUCACGAAAUCACUAAAGUUAUAGGAAACAGAUGGUCUAGUUUAACCUUAGAAGAGAAAAAACCGUAUUUGGAAAAGGCAGAGGAAGAUAAAAAGCGCUACAGGGAAGAACUAAAGCAAUAUAGACAAUCCGAUGCUUAUAGGGCUUAUCUUACAAAAAAGCGAAAAAAGAGAUUGCAAAACAAUGUCAUGUCAGAGAGUGAUAUGGAUGCUACUGAUGAUUUUGAUGAGGAAGAUAACGAAGAACUGUACUGCCGGACGUGCGAUCAGUGGUUCCACAAUCUUCACAACAAACGCGAACAUCUUCAAGGGAAGCAGCACCUUCAGUCAGUGGCGGGUAACAUUACCAGAGCGCUGAACUCCGAAGCUGAAGCCGCAGCUACUACCAGUACGUUCAGUACUUCCUUAGAUGAAUCUAGUUUGGAUGGUAUGCCUAACGUGAGGUUGAGCGGCAACGCCGCGGGUACUAGUUCGGGAGAUGUCUGCGAUGCUAUGACGCAUUUGGCAACAUUGGUUACUAAACGAGAAAAAGAAAUAAAAACCCUCAAAAAUCGACAGCAAGAAUUUAUGUCCCAACAACAAGCACUAUGCAACCAGCUCCAUCUGUUGAACGAAAGACACAAAAAACUUCAAAGAGACCUGCUGCUACUGAAGGAAAAGGAGAAGGAGACCGAAAGCAAAGUUAUGAAUCUUUGGCAGGUGCCUAGUUGGUUUAUUAUCAACAACGUCAGUAGCUCGGAUUCAGUAACUGAUUGCAAUGAAAGUACCGAAUGAUUUAAGGGUGCAUUUAAUUUAAAUUAUUUUUCUACUUGGACUGAAUUGAUAUUCGGUCGGAAUUGUUUUUACAAGUCAAAAAUCUGGUAUGUGUCAAAAUCAUAGCAGAUUGUGCAUUUUAAAAUAAAAAUAAUGGUAAAAGUCACUGCUAGAUGAAGGCUGAAUUUGUUCACUUUCACUGGUUUCAAAAGACAUCAAUAGAUAUUUACAUGGGUGGAAGAGAAACAUCCUUACAUCACGUAUUAUUUAAAAUUACAACUGUUCAGUAUGAUGUGAUAAUUUUCGGUUAACAUCACCAGCACUAAAGUAUAUUCACUUCAAAGAAAUGCAGCUUGCAGUGGCGUAAUCAGGGGAGGUUUUGGAGGUUAUACCCCCCAUUGUGAUGUACUUUGAGCUCUAUACGCUUAACACCCCCUUAAUUCCAUACCCCCCAGAGACCCUCCAGUAGUUGUAACUUCCCCUUAGGAUCAUCCUGGUUACGCCGUUGGUAACUUGUCAACACAAGAAAUGCGCGAUCAAUUCAUUCUAAUUCUCUAGAGUCUAGAGGUGCUGAAGAAGUAUAUUCUUGUUAUAUACAGUAUACAGUGAUGAGCGCGCUAAUAACCGGCGAAAUAACGAAAAAGAUGGAAAACAUAUUAAGUUGUGAGAUAAAAAGAUGAAACUAGUAGAGGUGAGAAAUUUAGCGAUAGAAACCUAUAAAUUUACAUUAUAUUUAUUGUUUCCCACCUUAAGACGUAUCAGAGGAGUAUGUCAACUAAAAUUGUCACUGUCAAAGUGGCAGUUGUUAAACUCGUCCGAUACUUCUAAAGGUGGGAAACAAUAAAUAGAAUGUAAAUCUAUUGGUUUUUAUCGCUAAAUAUCCAAACUCUACUAGUUUCAUUUCUUUUUAUCUCACAACUUAGGUAGGUACUCAUAAGUAGCGACAAUCAACACCUCUAUUCACCUGUUCAGUGUUCUGUGCAUGUACGUGUUGACUAGCUACAUUUUUUUUUCAAUGGAAUAUACUUUAGUGAUUGAAAUCUUCUUAGGCAUCAGUUAUUACAGUGAUGAGUGCGCUAAUAACGGACAAAAUAACGCAAAGGACGGAAACCAUAUUAAGUUGUGAGAUAAAAAGAGAUGAAACUAGUAGAGGUGGGAAAUUUAUCGAUAGAAACCUAUACAUUUACAUUAUAUUGAUUGUUUCCUAACUUUAGACGUAUCGGACGAGUUUGGCAACUACCACUGUGACACUGACAGUUUUAGUUGACACUCUCCUCUGAUACUUCUAAAGGUGGGAAACAAUCAAUAUAAUGUAAAUUUAUAGGUUUCUAUUGCUAAAUUUCCCACGUCUACUAGUUUUAACUCUUUUUAUCUCACAAUUGAAUAUUUUUUCCAACUUUGCGAUAUUUUGUAGGAUAUUAGCUCGCUCAUGACUGUAUACUGUGGUAAAGGCAUGGAAUAAUGUGGUUACUAGGCAAAAGAACAGUUGAAUGAGAGAUUUUGUGCUGGCUGGAUUGGAUAAUAUACAUAGUUUCAAAAGUUAUGCAUCACCAAAGUUUAAAGAAAGUUAAGUUAUAAAUCACGUUUUCACAAAUUUUACCAGAACAAUUUUUUCAAAUGUUUACACCUUGGCAACCAGAUCAAUUAAAUGGGCAUUUAAAUAAAAUAAAAAACCAAAUAAGGUGUAUUUUAUAGGAAAAAGCCUAUUAAAUAUGUGAUAAAGAUUUAUAAAGGUAUAAAAAUCGUGAAUACUAGGUAUGACGCAUAACUUUUGAAACUAUGUGUACCUAUAUUUUAAGAGAAAUCGCCAUAUUGAAUGUAGUUGGGUAUGGUAGAUUUCUUUUGUUAAGACACUAGGGAUGUUCUUCUAUUUCAAUAGCUUCUCGAAGUCUGCAGUUGCAAAAAAUAAAACGGGAACUUUUAGUUUUGGAAUUUUGGUCUCUUCCGUAGAGUUCCAUGGACUAAAUGUUUAAAUGGAGUUUUUUCUAAACUUAUUUGACAGGGGAGAAAAGAUUAUAGGGAGCAAUAAAUCUCAAUCGAAUUAACAUCCAUAAAAUAUCAAAUUAACUUUAAAAUCGUGUCUAUUCUUGUAUUUUAAACAGAUUUGAGGUGUUCAUGUAUCGAGUGUUGCAUUUUUUUGAUAAUUUAAAAAAGAUUUAUACUAUAUACGGGUUUUCUUAAUCAAUCUUUAUAGGUAGGUCGACCACAAGUCUUCAUUUUGAAGUCUUUUGAUGACUCGGGAUGUUAUUCGACUUCAAUAGCUUUUCCAAGUAUCCCCAGUUUUAGAAAAUGAAUGGUACUUUUACAAUCUGAACCCCCAAGAGAAUUGUGUUGAUUAAAUUUUUGUCUGAAUCACUGUGGUUGUCUGACGAGAGGAAGACUGAAAGGAUUUUGUGUUUGAAACUUCCUGAUCAUUCAGAAGUCUUCAUUUUGUAUGGAUUUGGAUGAAAUCAACCGUGUUAUUGAUAUGCUUAUCAUGUUCUUCGAUUUUAAUGACUUCUCGAAAUAUCUGUGGUUUUGAAUACAGGAACAGAAGCUUUGAGAUUAAGAAUCUGGGUUUUUCUAGCGCAUUUCAUGUGUUAACAUUAAAACGGUACCUGUUCUUGAAAUUAAAGCAGACUUUACUUCGUUUACUGAACUACACUAUCCAAGAAUGUAACGCACCACCUUAAAAAUGGGUAAUUUUUUAUGUCUCGAAUUUUCUAAACCUGCCGUCCGAUUUAAGUGAUUUUUUUAAUAUGUUUGUGGCGACACGCUUUAAUUACUAUUUUUGCUAAUUUUAUUUUUUAAUAACUUUUCUCAAAACGAAAUAAUAUGGCUCAUAUAAAAUUCACAUUUAAUAUACAAACCAGAUGCUAAGAAGGGCCGCUAAGUUUUACGAAACGAAAUGUAUCCCUAACCAUAUGUUUUUGGUGUGUUCAGUGUAACAAACUGAAUUCCCCAUAAAUUAAUUACCUUAUCAGACCUUAUGUCAAUAACGCACUUUGGAAAUGCAUUCGAAGACGUUUCGUAAAACUACAGAAAGGUUCUGAGCUUUUAAAACGCCAGAUGUAGUAAUUGAUUGCCUUUUCUAGCCAUAUUGUAAAACCGCAAACAUGAUGAUAAUAGUGUUGUGGUCUCUGCAGUAUCGUCAUGACAGGCACGCAGUUCAGACGCACCCUCGCUGCCCUCAAACAAUAAACAACCCUCUUACGAGAUGAAUAAGAACGCCUUUUAACCAAAAAUAAAAUAAAUAUUACUGUUCGUUGUUUACACUUAUUUUAAUUGAUUCCGUCAACACACCCACCAUCGGAAAAUGUUAUAGCCAUAUUCUUUAACAAUAUCGCUGUAAUAAUAUUGUUGCUAGACAGGUAAAUUGUUAUUGUAUACCGGGUGUACCUGUGUUUUUUUCUCAAAGUUCACAAAAUGCUCUGUUCUUUGAUUCAAUCGCUUAUGUUGAAUAAUAAAAAAGUUAUGUACUUUAACAACUAGCCAUGUUUUUCAUUAAUACAGGGUGUGCGACACCUGUAGUAAAAAAACAAUAGCAAUAAAUAAUUGUCAGCGUAGUAAAAAAAACAAAUAAUAAAAAAAUAUAUUAAAAAUAUAAUAAAAAACACCCUGUAUAUAAUAAGAAACACCCUGUAUUGAUGAAGAACAAGGCUAGUUGUUAAAAGUACCUAACUUUUUUAUUAUCCAACAUAAGCGAAGGAAUCAAAAAACAGAAUGUUAAGCAAACCUGACGCUAUAGUUGGGUUUUAAUUUUAGUAUUUUAUAAAUGCUAGAUUAUUCCACAGGGUGUGGUGAACUUCGAGAAAAAAACAGUUUGAUUGGUACACCCAGUAUACAAUGACAAUUUACCUGUCUAGCAACAAUUUUAUUACAGCGAUAUUGUUAAAGAAUAAGGCUAUAACAUAUUAAAAAAUUACUUAAAUCGGACAACAGGUUUAGGAAAUUCGGGACAUCAAAAAUGACCCAUUUUAAGGGGGUGCGUUAAUUUCUUGGAGUAGUGUAUUUGUCUUUUUUUUACUGAACUAUUAUCUUGUUUUAAGUCCAUUUUGAAGGGACUACCAGUUGUACUAUCAAGUUGUAUUAACUACUAAAUGAUUGUGUGAAUCACUGUGAUUGCAUGGCGAGCAGAAGACUGACAGGAAGAGAGCAUUUUGUCUUUGAAACUUCAUUUUGAACGGAUUUGGGUGUAGUCAUCCAUUUUUUUGAUAUACGUAUCAUGUUAUUCGAUUUUAACGACUUCUCGAAAUCUGUGGUUCUGAGUAAACGAACGGUGGCUUUGAGAUUAAGAAUUUGGGAUUUUUCUAGUACAUUUCAUGUCUUAAACCAAAACAGUACCUGUUAUUGAAAUUAAAGCAGACUUUUCUUCGUUUACUGAACUGUUUAUCUUUUGUAAGUCCAUUUUGAAUGGGCUACCAGUUGUAUUAUAGAGUAUGAUCAAAAUGUAAAAAAAAUCAUGUAUUUAUGUACGUUAUACAGUGAUUUGUAUAAAUAUAUAUUAUAGUGUACAUAUAUAACAAUCUUCCAUUAUAUUUUAAUGAUUUUGUUGUUUGUUUUAUAAAUAAAACACUAAAUUUACUGAAAUUAUUUUUAUUUAUUAUCGUUUGAACAUUUCUUCGUUUUUACAAAGGCCUUAAAAUUACCAACUCUUGUGCAAAUACAUUGCAAACUAUUAAAAAAAAACAAAAGGGACGUUUCUGGAAUCUGUUUCUGUUUUAAAUUUGCAUUUACUUCUCAAUAAUAUAGUCUAUCUUCAGUUCAACAGACUUUUUGCAACGUUUCAACGAUAUUUGGACAUUGAAAGAAGAAGCAGACAUAGCUAUAGUAAAUGUACAGUCAAGAUGCAGUAGAAAUAAAUAAACCAAUAUACGUUAAAUGCUACUAAGAGUAAAUACGUUAAUGCACUCCCGAAUCAUAAUUUUGAAAUCAUGAUUUGGGAUUUACAAUGUAUUGUUAUGCUCUACUUUAUCUAUUUAUUUAGAUUGAUUAGCAAAUUCUUAAUUUAAUUGAUUAUUCAAUUAUUUUAUUCACUGCCUAUGUAAAAACAAAACUAAAUUCAAAUUAAAUUUUCCAAUCAAUUUUAUUCUCAGGGCUAAUUUUGUAUUUGGUACAAUACCUGUGAUCUGUGGCUUCUAGUAUUUCUAGUUGCUUACUUCUUCCAGGGUGGAAACAGGGAAAUUGAAAACACUCAAAAUCAUAUAAAUGUAAUCUAUUGUUUUUAUCAAAUAAGCCGUGUACAUAUGAUUCAAAAAAUACUAAAAUUUAACUUUGUUGCAACAAUUUCUAACUUAUCUGAUAUCUGAUAACUCUGAUAUCUCCUUGUUUUGACAAAAAAAAAAGAAUGUGUGUGUACUUUGUACGCACGUAAGAAGUUAUACUUCUAUUAUAUGAUUUAAACGAAAUUAAUAUACUUAUUAUUUAUAUUUUGUUUAAAUAUUAAACUAAUUUAUACUUACUACUUCUCAAACAUUUUUAUUAGAACAGUGCCAAAAAUUAAAAUAAUAAAAGAAUAAAACACACACAAACACAUUAAACAAGCCACAAAUGAUGUCUGAACAUUAAUUGUCGAAAAUUUUUUUAACUAAAUACGUAUUUUCUGAAAAUACAAUUAUAUAAUAAAUAUACUUACAAUCAUAAAAUGUAUUAAAAAAAACAAAAAAGAAAGUUUCUGUUGGGACUCGAACCAGCGCUGAUAAGAGCGGGGUAUUGGAAUUCAUUCGCCUUCUCCGCUUAGCCACGGACACUAUGUGUCAUUAUUUACGAAGAUCGACUAACUAAACGGAUUAAACUUGUGAUAUUUUGAUAUGUAUUUUGAAAAUUGAUCAAAUUAUUUUAAUUUUGAAUUGAAAUGAUUUAGAAUUGAAAAAAUACAACAAAACAUAGAGUAAAAAAAAACAAUAUAUUAGGUGAAUAUUGAUAGAAAUUUUGAUGGUAAUCAAAUUAUAUAAAUAAAAGUAUUACAUACUAUGUAUUUUGGCAGAUCAAAUAGGUAGGUUUAUACCCAUGAUACAUUAACAAUUAUUACGUACCUGUUGCUUUUAAAAACUAUAUAAAAGUCACUACAAUAUUAUAAACUUUUUUGUUUCUGUCCUCACGACAAUAAAACUAAUAUAUUAUACAUUUGUUUACCUUUACCUCCAAACCACAGCUGCCAUAUCGGAUAAUUUUUGACAUGUCAUUUGAACAUCCAAUCAGAACAAAGUUAUAAUGCGCAUGCGCCGGGCUGAUAGGUUUUAACAUAUAAAAGAAAUCACCCUCUAUCGCCGGUAAAGAAGUAUAACUUCAAAAAUUAUUUAAUUAAUUUAUUAUUUACUCCUACUAAAUUUAAUGAAUUUUACUUUUCUUCUUUUGAAUUGAUUUCUCAAAUUUGAGAUGACUAACUGCGUUAAAAAAAUGUUCAAUUAACAAAUGAACAAAUAUGGUUUUGAUAUACACAAAUUUUCUCCAUUCCGACAAAUGAUUUCACUAACCUUUUUGUUUCUUCACUUCCUCGUUUUCUGGAUUGCGCCGUCCUUGAUUCUCCUAACACGUACUCUCUGGAUGUUGCGAGAAAGUCCCUCACGUCAAAACUGCUUUCAAGAAAAACACACAGGACUUGCUCGAAUUCUAUUAUUCAGUUUUCCUUGCUCGAUAUCUUGUGCACCAAAGGAUAAUAAUCAGCUACUCGUUCUAGACAAAACAAAGGAAUCUCCCUCGGACCAGGAAAAUUAACUCUUCAACCGGUCGACAAUUUGGUUUCAACUUGAUUCUGCUCGCAAAGGCUGAUCACACCACUCUACACUGAUUACACACUUUUAAAAACUCGACUGCCUUCUAUCGAUGUUCCUUACACAGUACCCCUUAUUUCUCUCUCAAAUCCAGACUCCAACAUUCAUUAUCCCUACUCCCGAUAUUUUCCAUCCAAUCAACAACAACCUCUCUCAAACCAUUUAUUUCUUGAGAAACCAAAUAUUCUUCCACAUAACUUUUCCAAUUUGUCAAAUUUCAAGAAAUAUAAUUAGUUCUUUUCUACUUUCUACUUUUACAUCUAAAAAAAAUACAAUUUGUUUACCAAAUUAAAAACCUUCCCGGAAAGAUCUUAAAAACGUCAUUGUUCCCGUCAACGCUCUGUCCACUUUCUAAUCACCGAAUUGUUUGUUAAUGUCCCGUCCAUUUCGUCGAAUCAUUAUCACUAAUCGUUUUCAUUUUUCCGAAACACUUGUUUAAUAGCAAAAUUAAAUUCUAUACAAUUUUGGUCAUAUACAGGGUGAUGAAAAACUAUGGUCUUAUGGUCUAUUGAUAUAAAUUUAAUUUUUUUGAAUUUCUUUAAAAAAAACAAUUCUAACAAUACUGUUAUAUAAUUUUAUGGAAAGAAUUCAGAAAAUUAAUUUUAUGUCUAAGACCACGAGAUCGUAGUUUCAUCGCCUUGUAUAUGGCUAAAAUUUGUAAAUAAUAUAUUUUUAGUCGUAAGCAGUGUUUCGUGGAAAGUGAAAAAGAUCAGUGAUUAAGAUUCUACGAGCGGACUUAACAAUUCAAGAACAAUAGAACUAAAUUACGAUCGGUUUUAGAAAGUGGAUGUAUUUGCGUUUGACGUGAACAAUAGAACAAUUCUAAAUGCUUCCUAGAAAGUAAAGACGGUAAUAAACAAAACUGUUUAGUUUUAGAAUAUAGGGUUUUUUCUAGCAUGUAAGACAAAAAUUAAUUUUGGUAUCUCCUGGAAUUCUACAAGAUGGAAAAUUUGUAUACAACACUAUUUAUUGUU